CUUACGCGACUUGAUCAGUUUCGUCGACGAUCAAAACGGCUUCCAAACAUAAAUUAAAUGAAAAAUAAAUAAUAAUUAUGUCGUAUAAAUGUUUGAGCAUAUUCAAUUUUGUGUUUGUGUGUCUUUAUUUAUUAUUAAUUAUAUUUACCGGUAUCUAUGCACAACAAUCUAAAACUAGAAAAAAAGAACCAGAAUCCAUAUCAGAUCUGUUCAACACCAGUUCCUGUAUACCAAAACCAUACAGAUGCCCGCACAAACAAAUACAAUUUUUUUUAUACACAAGGCGAACCCAACAAAACCCAGAACUACUAGAUACCACCAGGGUGGAAUCUUUAUUUAACAGUCAAUUUAAUAGGGCUUACCCUACGAAAAUUGUAAUACAUGGUUUCGGAGGGGGAAGAAUGUAUGCUCCAAGUACUGAUAUGAGAGACGCUUACUUCUAUAGGGGAAAUUAUAACAUCAUUAUCGUCGAUUAUGGUACCCUGGUAAAAGAACCAUGUCUUAAGCAAAUGGCAUGGGCGCCACGUUUUUGUGCAAAAUGCGUGGCGCAGCUUAUAGAUUACUUAGCAACUCAUCCGAGGGGAGUACGAGCAGACGAUAUUCACGUGAUUGGUUACAGCGUGGGAUCCCAUAUUGGAGGAGUAGUUGCGAAUUACUUGGAUCCCGUCAAACACGGUAAACUGGGAAGAAUUACAGGUUUGGAUCCAACUAUUUUCCUUUAUAUGGGUUCAAAUUCGUCGCGAGAUUUAGAUCCUACCGACGCCCAUUUCGUUGAUAUUCUACAUACAGGAGCUGGCGUAUUAGGACAAUGGGGGCCAACGGGGCACGUAGAUUUUUAUAUAAAUGGUGGAUCUAGUCAACCAGGUUGCAGUAGCUCGACGAUUUUUAACACUUUGGCUUGCGAUCAUACGAGGGUAACGCCGUAUUUUAUUGAAUCCAUUGUUACUGAUAGAGGAUUUUGGGCGUAUCCGUGUCCGUCGCUUAUUAGUUACAUGUUAGGUUGGUGUGCUCCGGAAGAUCGCGAGUACGUUCUUAUGGGGGAGGAUAUCGAUCAUAGUACUAGAGGUAUUUAUUAUGUCAAAACUAAUCCAAAACCGCCUUUUGCUCAAGGGCCACCAGAGCAUUUGAAGAAGAAAGCUCUCCAGUAUUUGAAAAAUUUAGAAAAAACGUGAUUAUAUUAAGGUUAGAUUGUUUUAAUUAGAAAUUAUCCGGGAUGAAUCGAUAAUCAAAAUAAAUAUAAUGGAUGUUUGUUGAAUCACCCUGUAAAAUUUAUUCAAACAAAACUAUCGCUAUAGAACUUGUCUUUAAUAACGUGAACUUUGUUUUUAAGCUACCAUUAUUAUAUUUAUUAUUCUCCCUUUUUUAUCUUCUUUAUUUACUAUUUCUCAUUUAUUUACUAUUCCUCAUUUUUUUGUUUUAUUAUUUACUACUAUCUAGUGUUAUUUUAAUACUUGUCUUCGACAUAUUUCUAUAUUGUUUAUAGUAGUCAUGUCAUUUUCUUCUUCUAUUUUUUUUCUUUUGUUUCGAAACAAUACCGAUAUGUAUUACGUCAAGAAUUUUUAUUAUAUAUAAUGUGCAGCUACACAUCUGUCGGUGUAUUAUAACUAGACAACAAUUCUAAUUUAAUUAUUAUUCUUUGAAUCUGAUGAUUUUCUCACAUAUUUAUAUUGAAUUAACUAAUUUGCUGCUGAUAUUAUUAUUUAUUUUCUAUGUACUCUUCAUAUUUUUCACAUUGUUACGUCAUUAACUUAUUUUAUUUUUUCAUUUAUUCCGCUUUUUAAUAGUCAUAUUAAUUACAUCGAGCAAUUUUAUUAUAUAUCGUAUGCAGCUACGUAUAUGUCGGUAUAUUAUAACUAAACUGUCAUUAAACCUUUUAUAACCUCAUUUUUGUUAAGACGAUAUAUUUUUUUAUUGAUUCAUCCUGUAUAUAGUAUUGCUAGUCAAAAUGAAAGGAGUUGAUAAGUAAUUAUAGGUAUGAAAGUUGAGCGAAUAUCCAUUUUAAUGUACAUAUUAUUAUAUCAAUUAUAAAAGUGAAAUUGUAAAAUUAAAACUACAAAUAUAAUUUAAAAUGAUA